AUGAACUUGGCUUUAAUAUGUCGAAGAUGGGCGGAUAUUGCCAAAGAUCCUUAUGCCGAAACAGAGUGGUUAAUGCACACUUGGAAAACAGUUGCAAAAAUUUGUUUGCGAGAAAUGUUAAUACAUUUUGGUAGAUGCGAUCAAAAAUUAAUAGAAUUAAAAAUUGAACAUAACAUCGGACAAUUGGAUGCCGACAGAAUUCGCACUUUUCAAAACAAUAAAUCCUCCAUGGGCUAG